AUGCCAGAGCUCCAGAUCGUCAAUAGCAACGCCGGCGUGGCCGAGGAGACGUUUUGCUACACGAAAGCGGAUUCAGUGAAGAACGUCUUGGACCGCAUCCGCGACAGCCGAGGCCUUGACAAGGAUGUACAUAUCGUUCUGAUCAACGUCCACGGGCUAUAUCAGGAUGCAACUGGGAAUGAGCUGUUGGGCGACGAGCCGAUGGACAGAUACUUCCCCGAUGGAGGCAAAGUGAGAAUAGAUACGGCCAACAGCCACGCGAAAUCAAACUUGUUGCAAGCGGAUUUCAGGAUAGUUGAUAACACAGCAACCGACGAAGCCAAAAGCAAAAACGUGAUCGCCAUAAAGGAACACGGGAAACAAGCUAGAGCGGAUAUAUCCCACAACACGAUACAGAAGAAAGCAGUCAUGACCAACAUCAUUACGGACUCGCCCAUCGAUAAUAUUUGGGAGCAUUUGUUUCCUAGUUGA